AGGGGGCAAGGCAAAGCCCAACUGCGAAACGAACCCCCGCCGCGAACACUCGGGCAGGUUCCUCCCGACGACCUCGAGCCACCCUGUCCCACGGUCUCGGAGCCCAACACCACGUGACGCCGAGCCGCUCUUCCCCGGCGGCGAGCCCGGCAUGGCCAUGCUCCUACGCCGCCGCCUCCCGCUGCUCCGCCUCCUCCGGCAGCUGCACACUGAAUCGGCGGCUUCGGCCUCCUCAUCCUCCACGCUUCCCCCUCCUCUCCAGAAGCCUCACGCUGCCGCCUCGCCGUCCGUUGCGCCCGGAUCACGCCGCCUAGGGUUUCUCAAUGCCACGCCCCUUGCUUCUGCGCGUGGGGCGUCGGCAUCGUUCUCCUCCGCCGCCUAUCUUGCUAUCGGCGCGGCCGCCGCGCUUGCGUCGCUUCCGGUGGCCUACGCAGACGGCAAUGAUCAGGGCCCGGUCGGUGCGGCUGUGAGUACUGAUCCCACCGAGGGGGAGGAUUUGGCCCGCAAGGAGAGAAAGAGGAUAAUGGAGCUCGCCCAGAGCCGAGGGAUGCAGCGCGGGUCGUACCCGCAGUUUGAUGUUGCAGUGAAGGGCCAAAAGGUGGUUGUUAAAUUCGACAUGCCAUCUACUUGCAAUGUAUCACACCUCAUUGUUGAUCUUGUAACACACAUCGGACUUGAGGCAGAACAACAUGGUGGUGGCUCGGAGGUGCUAGUGCGUGCUUGGGACAGUCCAGCUGCGCGACAAAUCACAUUGAACCCUCCCAAGAAGAAUAGCACUGGAGAUCUCUAUGAAGAUGGUCUCUGUAUUUUAAUAUUUGAGCCACUUAUUGGAUCGGAUUAUUCUGAAAUUGAAUUCAUCAAGCGUGGGAGUUUUAGUUUGAAAGAACUUGAAGCCUUGAUCAGUGCAUUAAAAGUAGCUGGCGAAAAAGAUGUUAAGGGGUCAUCAGGGAAGGGCAAGAAAAACACACCGAGAAAAGGAAGUGGUCAGAGAUCUAAACAUAUACCCUCUAUGGAGAAAAUUAUAUCUGAUUUAGAGGCUAUGGGAGUUAGAGUCUAUGGAUUCGAUGAAACAUCUAGUAUUCCAAUGGAUGGUACUGUAAUCUGGGAGAACCUUGCGGGAUAUGAACCUCAGAAAAGGGAAAUAGAGGAUACCAUACUUUUGGCUUUACAGAGUCCUGAAGUGUAUGAUGACAUUGCUCGCGGUACGCGCUGCAAAUUUGAGACAAACCGUCCUCGAGCUGUUUUGUUUGAAGGCCCACCUGGGACGGGCAAGACAUCUUCAGCUCGAGUUAUUGCCAAACAAGCAGGAGUUCCACUACUAUAUGUGCCGCUUGAAGUUGUUAUGUCAAAAUAUUAUGGUGAAAGCGAGCGCCUGUUGGGAUCUGUUUUUUCACUUGCAAACGAUCUUCCUGAUGGCGGCAUUAUAUUCCUAGAUGAGGUGGACUCUUUUGCUAGUGCUCGAGACAGCGAAAUGCAUGAAGUUACACGAAGAAUCUUGUCAGUAAUUCUGCGACAGAUUGAUGGAUUUGAGCAAGAUAGACGGGUGGUAGUUAUUGCUGCAACAAAUAGAAAGGAGGACCUCGAUCCAGCUCUCAUCAGCCGUUUUGAUUCAAUCAUCUGUUUUGGCUUGCCGGAUCAGCAAACUCGUAUGGAAAUAGCUGCCCAGUAUGCCAAGCACUUGACUAAAUCUGAAUUGCUCCAAUUUUCGUCGGCCACUGAAGAGAUGUCGGGAAGAGAUAUCAGGGAUGUUUGCCAACAAGCUGAAAGACACUGGGCGUCAAAGUUAAUAAGGGGACAAGUUCCAAAAGAUGAGAAGGGGGAGCCGAGUCUUCCUCCAAUCGAUGAAUAUGUUUCCUGUGCUGAACAGAGGCGAAAGUCCUGGCCUGAUAGAACGAGAUGGACAUCCAGGUCCCCUGCCCUUAAGUUAGCAUGAGGAAUAUACUUUCUUCACUGUGCCCCUUACAUUACAUAGUACGAAAUGCAGUUGAAAUGAAAAUGUAUGUAGGCUUUGCUAAACAUUUUUUUUUCUUGCGGAGAUGCUAAUACUUAGGAAAUGGGUAUCCAAAUUUUGAUAUCAGCACACCUGAAAGUUUGGAGAGUUGUGCUAGUAAAGGGUAAAUGUUUCUUGCAUUAUCUUUCUAGACUGAUGUACAUAGAUUAUCAGCACACACGAAUAUCGUGCCAAGUGCCAAAACCAUCUUUUAACAUGAAUGCUUCGUAGAAAUUAA